CACCGGUUUCUGCCACACUCAUUGGUACGGUGUCGUCAGAACUGUCAACAUGAAGUUCCUCGGAAGCGCAGAAACCAGUGCGGUGAUAAGUCUCGUGCUGUUUGGUGUUUUACUGUCACAGCUCGGACCGUGCAGUGCGUUCCUUACCGUGCAACACGUCAUUACGGAGCGUAUCUCCAACCAGACGGAAUUCGUUAGCAACGUUCUAAGUGAUGAAUUACCGCUAAGAAUUGUGGAGCUUUCGCAGUACGUGUACGAUUGGGAUUACGAUACGCUGAAAGUGAAAGGAAAGUGGGUUCUAAGUUCGCCCCACGACGAUUACCUGUACCAUGUGGAAUAUGCCCAAAAAGUCGACAAAAGAACAGGCUUCAAGGAAGUUCUGAGCGAUCUCUACUCGAAGAAGCUCAUCACCGAUAUCCGGCGAGUCGAGCGUGUGAAACCACAAGCGUACCGCUUUGAAAAGACGAUCUUCUUCGGCAAGAAAUAAUUUUCUAAACCAAUCAUUCAUCCCUCCGCUAGAGAAACAUGACAAUAAAACCAUGAAGUAUCUUCCUGCAGCUUUUUGUACUACACUAGAUACGAAAAACUACAAUAAAUUUACAUUUUCUGGACAAGUGUA